CAAGGAGCAGCUCUGAAAGAGAAACUCAAGAAGCAUCUUCUCGUACAGCUUGCUCAAAGGAUCAGUGGCAGAAAAGCUUCUUCAAGCUAUGGCUAUGGCGUACUAUGGAGCUGCUGCUAUUGCUCUUCUCUCUUUAUUCUCCACCGUCAUGGCGACGGACUACUGCGUGUACACCCUUUUCGUGAAAACCGGAUUUCUGCCAAAAGCAGGCACUAACUCGCACAUCAGCACCGAGUUCUUCGACGCGAAUGGAAACAGCUACAAAAUCAGCAACAUCACCGAAUGGGGAGGCUCGCUCAUGAGUGCAAACCACGACUGCUUCGAGAGGAACAACCUGGACGUGUUCACGGGCCUCGGCGAGUGUUUGGAAACUCCCAUCUGCGGCAUGCACCUCUCGUCCGACGGAAGCGGUGAACAUCAUGGCUGGUAUUGCGACUACGUUGAAGUGACCUCCGUGUGCUCCAAGCCCUCUAUGCUUUGCAACACUCAUCGCUUCACAGUCCAGCAGUGGCUGGCCACUGAUGUCUAUCCGUACCAGCUCGUUGCUCAUAGAGACGACUGCGCGCACUUGAAAACAUCAGCCUAGACCUCUCACAGGAUUUACUGCCCUCCAGGGCUCACGCGUUCUCAUCAGAGAGAAUGUCGCGGCGGGCUUUCUGAUUUCUGUGAAGUCAGAUCCAUCGGCGCAUAGUGUACUAAAAGCUUUUCGCCAAGAGUCCUUUACAAGCGCUUGGGAAGAAAACCUUACGAGUGCUAAGCUCUGUCAGAAAGCCUAAGAAAAAUAAUCAGGAGAAGAACAAUAAAGUGAUAUAUAUUCUUUCCACUUGCUGCAGAUGUAAUGUUGAACUUCAAGUUGGGA